AGACAAUGUAGCCCGCAAUUUGCAAUAUCAGCAGUACAAUGGCUGAUCCUCCAUUUUCCAAGGAAGAUGAGCUUUACCGAAAGCUCUCUGUGAGCUGGAAUCCACCCUCCAUCCAUCGGCAGCCCAUCUCUGGAGCAGGCGUCGCAUGGACCAAGGACUGGCUCCCAGGCCAACCGCGGAUUAGAUUGCAAGACGCCAAACUCGCACUGUACCUCGAGUCGGAGCUGAUCACGAAGGAUCUGGACAAACUUGCUCCCAAUCUCUGGCUUGUGGCCACACCGGACAGCUCAGACAUCUCCUCACUCACACACCAGAUCGUCCGCGGUCGCCAAAUAACCGUCACAGAGCAACCAGAGCUGCAUCUGGUUUGGAGUUACGAUCGUGUCUUUAUUAAACCGAUACCCAAAUACCUUCUUUCCCACGCGUUCUGGGAAUUUUAUCUCAAUGGCGCCCGCCCACCAAUCCCUGGGCGGCCGAACACGAAAAUCACCAGCGCGGCGCUUGGCUUCCUCCGGUCUUACUUCUACCUCAUCCAACACAGAUCCGAUUUCGCUAUCGCAACAAACAAUGAUCACCGCUUGAUACCAAAGCACAUCUCUUAUGCACAAUUUUCCUGUUUCAUCAGGGCGUUCGGCAGAGAUAGGAUCGGUGACGACGUCGUUUCCCCACGAUAUGCGUACGGGGAGCUCGGGCUGACACGACUGAACCUCUCGUCCAAGGUUUUCCUCCAACGCUUUACAUAUCACAAGGUUCACGGGCAGUACGGCGCUCGUCUCGCACAAUUUUAUGGCCCUGUACUUUUUAUGAUUGGAAUUUUUAGCUUGGUACUCAGUGCACUGGAAGUGGCACUCUCUGUUCAGGCAAUUAUUGUAUCGGGAAAGCCGUGGAUGACCUUUGCCCGUCUCUCUCGGUGGUUCGCGAUAUUCACUAUUGUUUGCUCUGCUAUUUUAGCAUUGCUUCCUGCGAUGUCUUUGGUUGUCCUGGCUGCUCGCGAGUCCAGACUUGCGCUGAAAAAAUUGCAGGAAAAUGGCAUAUCCUUGAGACCCGCUUUAGAUAAAGAAGGGGACAAGACAACGGUUUAGAUAAGUGCCCAGAAAGGACGAGUCUGAAGAACGAAAGGCAGCAUAGACAAUGAACCCUUAUUUCCUUGGCUUCUUUCUCCCUAUUCGCCCCUUUCCCUUGAGAGCUCUCUCACGUCAGCUUAAGCGUACUUAUUUAGGCCUGCAUCUGCCGUUAAAUUGUCUUUGGUUUGUGACCUCUUCGUCUUCCUUAUACUCACAUGCUUAACAGAGUUUAUAGGGCUUCGAGACAAGGAAAAGAAACAUCCUUAAUCUCACAGCAGAUCUGUCCCACUUUCCCAGGAAGUUAUGUCAGGUUUUGAGGAUCCUUGAUAAGCUUGUACUGCCAGCCUUUCAAGUCUUUAGGGCUCAUCCGCAAAACAUAGCAUCAAUGGCCCUUGCAACUUCUUCAAUGGGCUAAAUGCUGUUAGAGGAAAUGUAUGGCCAUUUUUUUAAGGGGAAA